UAGAGGGCGCGGCAGUCGUUUUCAUUGUGGUUCUCACGUUGGUGUGUAAAGCCGCGGUAACCAUGUAAGGUGGAUAACUAGUGCUCACGAGCGAAAAAGAAACUGUAACCAUGACGGCAGGCUGUAUCGCUUUAUGCAUCACAUGAAGAGUUAUGUGUGAAACAUGGUAGCGAGGAUUAUCGGCGAGCUUCGCAGGAUAAGCGUUCCUCGAAGCGGGAGCCCGUCGGGCCGGGGGUCAACGGCCUAGGUGGCUACCCGCAGCCCUUCCGCCAUCGCUACCAGCACGGAAUGUCCAACACGGGCCCACCUUAUCAAGGCUGCGUUGGCCCUGGUAUGAAUUACACCGAACGUCCUUAUGAAAAUCAAAUGGGAUCGCACUGCCAGGCAAACAACUACCCCGCUCCGUACCAGCCCCCUUCGCCGUACCGUCCCCACGCGGUCUCGCCUCCGACCCACUACGGGGGCCACAUCCCAUCCGCGGGGCAGCCGGGACAGCAGCAGCAGCAGCAACAUCCCGCGUAUGCAAACGGGCCGUCAACGCAGGGUCAGCCCCCCUCCAUGGUACCUUACAGCCAGCAGCAGUACAACAACAUGGCCCAAGGGGACAUGAUGUACCCUCGGCACGCCUACCCCAACAGCAGAAUGAAGCCCUGGGGCGUCACUCCCGAGAGCAACGGGGGAGGGUACCCGGCACGGCCUCCAAUGAUGGGGAGUCCUCCACCGAUGAGGUCUCCUCCGGCACAGCCUCUCAACUACAGGCAACUCUCGAACGUUGCCGGACCUCCGCAAAGUCACUCUCCGUCGUGGGCGCAGUCGCCGAGGACGACUCCGUCACCGCUGGCCGGGCACGCGCGGUCACCCGUGCAACCGUUCUCGCCGCCCCCUACUCCCGCGCACACUCCUCAGCUGAAGCCCCCGACGCCGCCCGUCGCGCAGCAAGUGGGCGGCCCCAACGAUCCCCUCCAGUCGCUCCAGAAGAUGGUGAUGCUGGACUCGGACGUCGCGGAGGCCGUCGACCGGUACGACAUGCAGAACCCGGUGGUGGACCAGCGCUACGAGACGAUGCCCCACGCGCACCAGCCGCCUUACGUGCACGGCGCGGAGGGCACGGCCAGCCCCGGAUCUCCGUACCCGACCUACUAUAAUCUGGAUCAAAACAGGAUGUGCACGCCACCGAGGCCGAUGUACGGCAACAUGUGUAGUGACGUUGGGGGAGGGUAUCAGAUGACUCCAGUGAACGGGGAGGUGGUGUCUGACGAACGGACCGGUGGGGCGCCGGGGUAUCAGGCACCGAUGGUGAACGGCAGCCAGGCAGCGGCUGCGUCGUUUCAGGCUGCUCCCAGGGAGAGUGGGAUGAGGAUGGAUAUGCAGUAUCCUCCUCAGCAAGUUGGGCGUGAUAUGUCCAUGAACAGCAGUUUCAUUCCAGAGAACACUGGUGUUGGGCCACACCACGGUGAGGUUGGUAAAGAGGUGCCGCACCCUUCGCAUCCAGGCGUCGCCGCCAGACCAGCUUGGCCGCCGCCACCGGAUCUCAUGGUUGCUCCCUCGAGCGAGGACCUCACCAAGCGUCGAAGAAGUUCGGACAGUGUUUUGUGUGGGGGUGGUGAGGUUGGGUUGGAACAGGGUAAUGCUCAACAGAGGCCCGUGAUGAGUCGAUCGCGGGGAGGUGGGACUAGGGGGAAGGGCAGGAGGAGGAGCACUGCGAGUCUUCCAGAGGGCCCCACCUUCUCGGACGGUGCUGGGUCUAGCGACGCCAUCAUGCCAGCCCAAGUGCCGCUGUUUCCAAACGUGCCACAGCAGCAGGACGUGCCGAAAAUUGAACCGAGCGGGAUGAAUUCAUCCACGAGUAUGAGCAACACUGAAAGCUUGGGCAGCGAGGGCAACAUCAACGUGGCUCCGGGAGUUACUCCGGCCCCCGCAGUAGGCGGAGCUGCUCCGACGGCGGACCCUCCGAGAAAGAAGAGGGGUCGGCCGUUCGGAAGCAAGAACAAGAAGAAGAAUGAGGACGGUUCCUCUCCAGCAAAAUCAAAGAAAGGCAGUGCCGCCCGGAAGGUUGAAGCAGCACUCCAGGCUCCGCCAACGGCUCCGCCCACUAUGCAAGCUCCGCCCACCCUGACCGCAUCUCGUCCGCCCCGAGCGGUUGCCGGACCUUACAUCCACGUAGAAGGAACGCGUGAGCGCCCCCUGUCUUCCUCGAUCGUAAAUUCGGUGUCUAGGCUCGAAGACGAAGCCAAAAAGAAGAAAGGGGCAGACCAGGGGGGCCAGCAAGGGCCGCGCCCUCGUCAGCACCCCCGCAGGAAGCUGCUCGGGGUCCACACGAGCACUUUGUCUCCCGGCUACGACGCUUUCACUCGAGACCCCACGUGGGUCUGCUCCCUGUGUCACAAAGGAAGCCACCACUCAAACUUGGGGGAUCUUUACGGACCGUACAGUGUCGGGGAAGAGAUCGACGCGACGUCGGUUGUGGUGCAGCAGACUGGUGGGGAAGGGGCGGGUACGAGUGGUGAGGGCGGGGCCACACGGGGCCGGGCCAGGAGAAGGCGUAGCGAGGUGGAAGAGGUGAUUGUGCGCGGUGCCAAAAAGGCAAAACAGAGACGCCCCAGCGAUGCUGAAGAGAAGAGCACGAGUCAAGUCGCAUCCCACGUGUCUGCGGACGGAGAAGGACUUCGGGAGCUGUGGGUUCACGAGGACUGUGCCAUCUGGACGCAGGGCAUAUAUCUUGUCGGACAUCGGAUACGGGGCAUCGAGGAAGCUAUCCGGGAAGCCGCAGAUCUGCCUUGUUCCAAGUGUAAAUUUGUGGGAGCCACACUCGCUUGUGUAAUGAGAGGCUGCAAGGAGAAGUACCAUUACCUCUGUGCUGUCGAGAGAGGUUGCCAGCUGGACUCUGAGAAUUUCUCAGUCCGGUGUCCAAAGCACAAGAAACCGGCACCAUCCUAACGUGAAGGCGAGCAACCACGGGCACCAGACUGCAAAGGAUAGGAGAUGGGUAGAAACCUCUCCACCAUUCCACCUUAGUUCAGCAUUGGACGGACAAAGUACCCGUGCUGGUACCCCCCAGCGGCAAACGUGACCGGCAGCUCAAGUCGUACCGCAGGACGAUUAUGGAACGAGCGCACGAGCGGUGGAACCUGUACUGUCUCCUCGGCGCACGUUACUUCUGAAAGUACUCUCGCAGACGCACGGUUUUAUUUAACGUUUUUCGUCCUCUCGUAAGAGACGUCGCUUUGGAACCCCCGAAGCUCCAUUGUCAUUGUAUUUACUCCGAUAUGGGCCAAAUCCAGCGCUAACGGAAGGUCUUACGGACGUCCUACCCGCGUCUCCGCGCGGACACAACGAGCCUACAUUGGAGCAAAUAUGGUUUCCUCGCAUCACCCAUCUUCCGACAAACAGCGAUGCAAGACACGAGAAAAUGCGACGCAGCUUUUCCCCUCCUCAUUUUUAUUAUAUUAAUUACUUGCCAGUUUUUACGACGAGAAAAAAAAUAUGGGACAACCUACGUCCCUGUCAUUACGUGGAUUUGUGCAUGCAUGUGCUCAUACCGAACUUGUGAACAUUCUUUUGUACAGUGUAGCGACUUGCUGACAAAAAGUGAAUGCACUGUGUGUGUGUGUGUGUCUGUUUCAGUCUCGUCUGCUCCAUGUCGUCUGUUCCGUCUUUCCGUUGUUCUUUUUUUUUAUGUUGGCCAACGACCCAGAAGUCUCUGUACAUAUGCUGCGAAGUGAAAGCGGCAGUUCCUGCGCCGUUGGACGGUUUACAAAAAAAUAAAAGUACGAGGAGUCGUUUGAA